AUGAUUUUUCAGACAAAACUGGUAUGCGUUUUGGGUAUUGUUAUAACAGUCUGUCUACUUACUGUGCAGUCUAACACUGACUCUUUAAUUAAGGAAUUAUACAAGAAGACCUCAGAUCUGCAAGAGAAGAAAGAUACCCAAUACAAACCUCUAGAGCAUUGGAGGAAGGAAAAGGGAGGCUAUGGCAGCGAGGUAAAGGUCAACACACAUGGACCACCAGAACUAGCUUUUAUCCGCGACAUGCCGGGCGUGUAUGACAAUAAUAUGUUCGUGACGUCAUGGAUCACUAUAGUUCUGAUGGAAGCCUAUCUGUAUGGAGACUGUCCAAAACCGUCAUCAGAGCAGAUUGUUCUAGCUCUGGAUUCCAUCAGCAGUUACCAUGACAAGAACCGUCACUACAAUUCGUCCAUCAUGAAUUUCUGGCCACAAAGGUACAACGCGACGGUUGACUUCUGGCAGAGCUCUCCCGAGAAUCUCUACCACGUACUGGAUACAAUCCACCGUCUGCCAGUAAAGGAUCUAGAGAAACUUCUCGACUGGUUGGGCCUUAAAGAUGCGGAAAAGAUAGUAGAUGAACUCUAUAAAAUGGCGUAA